AUGCAUGAAUCUGUCUCUAAGUUGCAUCGAACUGUGUUUCAUCGUAUUCAAACAUUUAAUGAACCUGAUGCAUGCGUCGAACUUUUGUCUGAAAUUCAGCAUCAACAAGUGUUUUUCAUUGUAUCAAAUUCUCUUGGUCAAAUAAUCGUGCCAAUCAUUCAUGAUUUAUCUCAAGUGCAUGUUAUAUACGUAUUUAAUGAGAUAAAUACCGAUCUCGAACAAACAUGGACCAAUAAUUUGAGAAAAAUCGAAGGAAGCUUUAUGGAAAUAUCAACCCUUUGUGAUUCAAUAAAACAAAAAACUCAAGAAUUUGAACAAAAUUUAACAUCAAUCAGUAUUAUUCCUGAAACGUCAAGCACUCAUUUGAAUGAACUUGAUCCAUCGUUCAUGUACUCACAAUUGCUUAAAGAGAUGAUUCUCGAAAUGGAUCAUGAUGAACAAUCGAAAGCACAAUUUGUCCAAUAUUGCCAUGAUGCAUAUGCUGAUAAUACUACUCUAUUACGUUUAAUUGAUGAUUUUGAUCACAACUAUUAUUCUCAUUCGCCUAUUUGGUGGUAUACAAAAGAACCAUUCAUCUAUUCAGUUCUCAAUAGAGCAUUGAGAACGCAAAAUAUUGAAAUCGUACUGAAAAUGAGUUUUUUCGUCCAAGCUCUUCAUCGGCAAAUUGAAAAAUUAUAUUCAGAAACACGUGAAAUGGUUACAUCGAUUGUCUAUCGUGGUCAAGGUAUGACAAAUAGCGAAUUUGAGAAAAUAAAAAACAACCAAGGAGGUCUUCUUGCAUUCAAUAAUUUUCUAUCGACAAGUCGAGACGAACACAUUUCUCUUACUUUUGCCGAAAGUUCAUCGAAUGAUCCUGAUUUAACAGGAGUUUUCUUUCACAUCGACAUUGAUGCUUCCGUGACAUCAACACCAUUUGUAUCAUUAGACAACAUAAGCUAUUAUACUGAUUCGGAAAGGGAAAUUCUUUUUUCCAUGCAUACAAUAUUUCGUAUUGGUGAAAUUCAACAAAUCCACGAUCAAUUAUGGCAAGUGAAGUUAACGUUGACAAAUCAAGAUGAUGAACAACUGAAACUUCUGACCAAUUAUGUCCGUUAUGAGACUCAGGGACCGAUAGGUCACUAUAGAUUGGGUACGCUAAUGAUCAAGAUGGGCGAGUUUGACAAAGCCGAAUUGUUUUUUCAGUCUCUCAUCGAAAAGACACCGGUCGAAAACUGGGAACUCCUAGCACAUAUUUACAAUCAGCUCGGAUAUGUUCAUCAAAGUAAAGGUAACCCGAAGGCUGCACUUGCUGAUUUUCAUAGAACACUCGAAAUCAGGCAGAAAUUUCUUCCAUUAACUCAUCCUGAUUUGGCAAAAACCUAUAAUAAUAUUGCCAUGGUGUAUGAUGGCAUGGGAAAUUAUUCUACUGCAUUAGAAAACUAUCAAAAUGCCCUCAAAAUUCAACAACAAUCUCUCCCAUCGAUACAUGUGGAUCUAGCUACAACCUAUAAUAACAUCGGUUUGGUUCAUCGAUCUAUGGAAAAUCCUUCCGUUGCACUUCAAUACUUUGAAAAAGUACUGGAGAUUCAAAAACAAAUGCUUCCGCCAACUCAUCCUGAUUUGGCUUCAACUUUUUGCAACAUUGGUACUGUACAUCAUUUCAUCGGUGCAUAUUCGACUGCUCUCACUUACUUUAUCAAAACACUUGAAAUUCAACAAAAAGCAUUGCCAACGAAUCAUCCAAAUUUGGCGAUAGCCUAUAAUAACGUUGGAAUGGUAUAUGAUGAAAUAGGAGAUUCAAUGCGUGCGCUUUCAUACUAUCAAAAGGGGCUUGAUAUAACAAAAAAUAUUCUUCCAUUCAAUCAUCCUUAUCUAGCUACGAGGUAUAAUAACGUUGCGACAAUAUAUUAUUCGAUGAAAGAUUAUCAGACUGCAAUCGCAUAUUUUGAAAAGACAGUUGGAAUUCAAGAAAAAAUUCUUCAAUCGAAUCAUCCUGCUUUAGCAACGACUUAUAAUAAUCUUGGUGACGUCCAUGAUGCAAUGAAGAACCAUUCAACUGCUCUUGUUUACUAUCAAAAAGCACUGAAAAUCGAGCAAAAAAGUCUUUCAUCUAUGCAUCCUAGUUUAGCCAUAACAUUGAAUAAUAUUGGUAUGGUGUACGAGGCGACGAAAGAUUUUUCGAUCGCCCUUUCAUACUACGAAGAAGCUCUGAAGAUUCAGCAAAAAAGUCUUCCACCAAAUCAUCCUCAAUUGGCAGAUGUGUAUAACAACAUUGGCACACUAAAGCACUCUAUGAACGAACAUCCUACGGCACUAUACUAUUAUCAAAAAGCAUUGGAAAUUCAGAGAAAAAUUCUUCCAUCCAAUCAUCCCGAUCUAGCUUCGCUCUAUACCAAUAUUGGUGUGACUCAUCGAUCAAUGGGAGAACAACUAUCAGCGUUUGAUUACUUUGAAAAGGCACUAAAAAUUCUACAAGUAACACUUCCGAUCGAUUAUUCCUUGAUGGCAACGACACAUUUUACUAUGGCACAAACGUACGAAGAUCUAUCUCAAUACAAAGAAGCCGUCGAACAUGCAUUACGAGCCCUCAAUGUGAUAGAUUACGUGCGAGAACCUAAUCCUUCUCGAAAACAAAAAUAUCAAGAUUUUCUCGAGAAACUCCGAGAAAAGUUUUGA